CGAGCCGCACCGCAACCGCAGCAGCCAGAGCCUCUCGCGUUCGCAUCCGUCGCGUCCCGCGGCUCCUCCUCCUCCAAAGCCGCCGCCCCCUCGUCGUCGCGCGCGCAGAUCGCGAACCAGAGAGAGGGAGAGGGAGAGCUUUACGCCCCCCACGCCGCCUCCAUCUCGGAGAGAUGGGGCUCACGUUCACGAAGCUGUUCAGCCGCCUGUUCGCGAAGAAGGAGAUGAGGAUUCUCAUGGUCGGGCUCGAUGCAGCCGGUAAGACCACCAUCCUCUACAAGCUCAAGCUCGGCGAGAUCGUCACGACCAUUCCCACCAUUGGAUUUAAUGUUGAAACUGUUGAAUACAAGAAUAUCAGCUUCACUGUUUGGGAUGUCGGUGGUCAGGACAAGAUCAGGCCGCUGUGGAGGCACUAUUUCCAGAAUACACAGGGACUCAUCUUUGUUGUGGACAGCAAUGAUAGGGAGCGUGUUGUUGAGGCCAGAGAUGAGCUUCACAGGAUGCUGAACGAGGAUGAGCUACGCGAUGCUGUGCUGCUUGUAUUCGCAAACAAACAAGAUCUUCCUAAUGCCAUGAAUGCAGCUGAAAUCACUGACAAGCUUGGUCUGCAUUCCCUGCGCCAGCGGCAUUGGUACAUUCAGAGCACUUGUGCUACAUCUGGUGAAGGGUUGUAUGAGGGGCUUGACUGGCUCUCCAACAACAUUGCCAACAAGGCUUGAAGCGUUUUGGCAGCUGGAUAUCUGAACGACUCAUUAGUGCCGUUUUACAUAUAUUAUAUAACAUAUAUACAUCCUACCGCACACAGUGCGGGUGCUUGUGAAGGAAAAAGCUCGUUUGUGGAGGCUAGUAUCAGAUUGUUCUUUUCAUGGGCAUUAUAAAUGCUGUUUUGUUUGGUUUUACAAGAUUUACCGUGUUGUCCAUAUGUACCCGUUUGUUCUGAGACGGUCUAGUAAAUCGAUAUGCUUUGUCCAGAACUUGGUGUAAAUUGCAAUUUCAGUUUUCUGUGAUCUUAGUGCCAGUACAGAUAUUA